AUGGAUAAAAAGCAAAUUUCAGCAAUUUCAAUUGCAGAGAUAAAAAUCGUUGAGAAUAACAGCCUUGAAAAAAACUUCAAAUGGCAGUCAUUACUUGGUAUUGCAUUUUCACUCACUAAUUCAUGGUUGGGUAUUUCUUCUUCCCUGAGCGUUGGGAUAUCCAGUGGUGGUCCAAUGCUCAUAAUAUACGGUCUGGUUAUUGGGUUUUUCUUUUCUCUUAUUUGUUCCUUCACUCUUUCUAGUUUUGCACGGCUUUUACCAAAUAGUAAUGGUCCCUGUUUUUGGGUGUUGAAAUUGUGUGAGAGAAGUAGUGAUUUGAUAAGUGAGCAAUCAACCCUGGAAACUGAUUCAGAAAAUAUAACAAGUAAAGACAAAAAUAUUGCUGCUCAAUACUCAGUAGAAAAUUUGAAAUUAACAUCACAUAUGCAGAGGAACCUCGGUUUAAUUACUGGUUUAUUGAAUUAUUUCGGAGCUGUCUUCACUACAGCUAGUAUUUGCUCUUCCUUAUCCCUCAAUAUCUUGGGUAUGUAUGCUGCAUCACAUCCAACAUACGAAUUGAAAAAAUGGCACACAUUUAUCGCUUAUCAAUGUCUCAAUAUUCUUGUGUUAAUGGGGAACCUAUGGUCAAAACCCUUGCCAUCCUUUCUGAAAUGUGGUCUUUAUCUCUCCAUAUUUACAUUUUUCUUAACUUUUCUCAUAUCAUUGAUAUCUCGUUCAAACAAUAACUCCCACCAAUGGCCUUCGAGUUCAUCCAUAUUUGCUGAUUUUGACAAUAAUACUGGAUGGAGAUCAUCUGGGGUUGCAUUUAUAGUAGGUUUGAUUAACCCUUUGUGGGCGUUUGUUGGCAUUGAUUCUGCCACACAUAUGACUGAUGAGGUUGGGAAUGAUAAGGCCAGAGUGUUAGUUUCUCGGGUUAUUUUCACCACUGUGAUUCUGGGGUUCUUAACAAGUUUUGUAUAUUCUAUAGGUAUGUUCUAUUGUAUUACCGAUAAAGCAAGGGUACAAACAUCUAUAUUGCCCAUACUUGAGAUCUACCAGCAGGCUACUGAUAAUAGAAACCUCAGUAUAUUUAUGCAAAGUCUAUGUGCCCUUUGUGGUAUAAUAUGUGGAGUUGCUUCCAGCACUUGGCAAAGUAGAAUAUUAUGGAGUGUUGCCAGAGAUUUCCGUCAGAUCGAUAGAAGGUUAGGGAAGAAUUUGACUUCAAAAAUUUUUUCGUUGAUUGUUAAUGUUCACCCUAAAUUACAAACACCAUUAAUAGCUCUUUUACUCUCACAUUGUCUCAUAGUUAUUAUUGGUUGUAUCUUUAUGGGAUCUACAACGGCUUUUAAUGCCAUUAUAACCGCCAGUAUAACUCUGCUCCUCAUUACUUACGCAAUUCCAUCCUUUAUCUUACUGAUUAAAAGAUCGACCUUUUACUCAGAUAUUUUGAAUGAUAUGAGCGGUGUAGAACUAGAUAUCACUAUCCACAAGUCUAUAGGUUGGUUUCAAUUUCUUGCUCAUUCUCUUUGUAUCUUAUGGGCCCUAUUUUGUCUUUGUUUUUUCUCACUUCCAUACGAACUUCCCGUCACAGCAAAUUCGAUGAACUAUGUUAGUGUUGUAUAUGGUGCGGUAGCAUUAAUUAUACUAUUACUGGUGCAAUUCUGA